UCGGCUCCGGCGGGACGCGGGGCUGCGGGGGCUCUGCGGGGCAGCUCUCCUUCUCCACACACGCGGCACCUUCCCGGCUGGACGCUCCCCAGGGAGCUGGGGGGUUUAGCUGGGUUAAAGGAGGAGCGGGGGGACCACAUCGCUCUGUACAGCCACCUGGGAGGAGGUGUCAGACAGGCUCCUGCUCUGCAGCACCAUGCUGGAUCCCAAGCCUCACUCUGCAAGCCAGAGGUGAGUCCAGGUGAAAGCCAGCUACCCCAGUAGUGUCAGGAUGACCAAAGCGCGGCUCCUCCGUCUGUCUGUGGUGCUGGUCUCCAUCUUCAUGAUCCUCCUGAUUAUUGUGUACUGGGACAACGUGGGCACAGCUCACUUCUACCUGCACACAUCCUUCUCCAGACCCCGCUCCCCAGGAGCCAUCGCAGCAGGUGAGGACUGGGAAGCCUUGCCAGAUGUAGAUGAAUUUUUGGUAAAGCUGCUGAGCUCGAGCCUGAAACAGAACAGCUCUAUCCCCCGAAAGACAGAGCAGCAGCUCCUCGUCCAGGGCUCCAACAAGCCUGUGGUGAGUAACUUGGAGGAGAACGUGCGGGGCUAUGACUGGUCUACACACAAGGACAGGAACAGCUUGGACCAAGAGAAGCUGCAGGUAGAGAGGCAGAGAACAUUGCGGGAGUUUUGUGCCAAUUCCAGCUUCACCUUCCCCACCAAGGAGCGCUCCUUCGACGACAUUCCAAACUACGAGCUCAACCACCUGAUUGUGGAUGACCGCCACGGCGUCAUCUACUGCUACGUGCCCAAGGUGGCCUGCACCAACUGGAAACGUGUGAUGAUCGUGCUGAGUGAGAGCCUGCUGGACCAGGGGGUCCCCUACCGGAACCCUCUGGAUAUCCCCCGGGAGCACGUCCACAACACCAGCACCCACCUGACGUUCAACAAAUUCUGGCGCCGCUACGGGAAGUUCUCCCGGCACCUGAUGAAGAUCAAGCUGAAGAAAUACACCAAGUUCCUCUUUGUACGAGACCCCUUUGUGCGCCUCAUCUCUGCUUUUCGCAGCAAAUUCGAGCUGGAGAACGAGGACUUCUACCGGCGUUUCGCCAUCCCCAUGCUAAAGCUCUACUCCAACCACACCAACCUUCCCACCUCCGUUAGCGAGGCCUUCGGGGCAGGCCUCAAAGUCUCCUUUUCUGACUUCAUCCAGUACUUACUGGAUCCCAGGACAGAGAAGAUGGCCCCCUUCAAUGAGCACUGGAGGCAGGUUUACCGUCUGUGCCACCCGUGCCAGAUAGACUAUGAUUUCAUCGGGAAGCUGGAGACGCUGGAUGAGGAUGCUGCUUAUUUACUGCAGCUCCUCAAAGUGGACAGGCUGCUUCGCUUCCCACCCAGCUACCGGAACAGGACUGCCAGCAGCUGGGAAGAUAACUGGUUUGCCAAAAUCCCACUGGCUUGGAGGCAGCAGCUCUACAAGCUUUAUGAAGCAGAUUUUGUACUCUUUGGCUACCCCAAGCCAGAAAACUUGCUUAAAGACUGAAAGUGGUUGGGCAGUGGGUGUGGGAGGGAACAUCUGAAAUACCAAAAAUGUUUAAAUCCUCCUCAUUUUUGCUCUUAACUCCCUUCCCAAUGCAAGUUGGUACAAUGGAAUAUAUUUUUUCUACUGCUUCCCCUUCCAUUUUUACAAUAAUGCCAGAGGCCAGGGUAUUACAGCCAGCUGUGCAUAUGCAAAAAAUGCCUUUUUUUUGGGUUAUCAUUUGUUUUCUGUUUUUUUAAAAUGUCCCCAUACUUUGCAAUGGGUUGCUGCCCUUGGUCACUCUGCCAAUCAUGUCCUUCAGUAGCUUUUUAUUAAUACUUUUUAAAAAUUAAUAUAUUUAAGAUAUUUAAAACAAAGCGUGUGUCAUGGCAAAGGAAGGGAAGGAAUAAAAAAAAAGUAAAAGAAAAUCCCAGGAAAUUAUGUAUCUGCCUCUGUGUGUUGUCUCAGGGCUGCUGUUUCAGAGGUCCAGGGUUUGCAGAGCAUUUGGAUCUCUCUGGGGCUGGGAUGUUGAUUGUGCCAGAUCUGCUGGUGGUCACUUCAA